AUGUUGUUAUUCAGGACCCCUGAAGCCUUCCUUCAUGUCCUGCUCUUUUCAAUCUAUUUUAUAAUUUUUACGGCAAAUUCUCAUUCAGAUUUUCAUCACCAUCAACAACAUGAAACAAUUACGUCUCAAUCAUGGAAAAUGCAUGGGCCAAUGUCUCAUGAGUUUCUUCAAGCACAUAAUUUUGUUCGAGCCAAGUAUGGGGUGUCACCAUUGAUAUGGGACAAAAGAUUAGCACGAUUUGCUCGUCGACAUGCCUCAAAGUUAGUCGCAAAUUGCUCCAUGGUGCAUUCCUCGGGCCAAUACGGGGAAAAUUUAUUUUGGGGCAAACUAGAUCAUUGGACUCCAGCUCGUAUAGUUGAAGAUUGGGCUAAGGAAUCAGAAGACUUCAAUGUCAAGGAUGGUAAGUGUAAAAAGGAUUGGACUGAAUGUGGGCAUUUCACCCAAAUUGUUUGGGCGGAUACUAUACGUGUCGGAUGCCAUCGUUUAAAAUGUAUCGGGGAAAACAAAGGUUAUAUUGGUAUUUGUAAUUAUGAUCCACCCGGAAAUGUAGUUGAGCACAGCCCUUUUGUUCGAAAGAAUUCAUCAUCAACAAAUAAAAGUGACCAUUCUUCGCCAUCAAAUCACCAUCCAUAG